CUCAGUGGAGCGCGCGACUUCGUGCCGUAAGCACACUUCCUGCGAAUGGAUCUCUCUCGUCUCUCUGUCUCUCUCGCACACACGCGCCUCUCUCUCGCUCUCUUCUUCCUCUCUUUCUCUCUGUCUCUCUCUGUCUCUCUCUGUCUCUCUCUCUCUCUCUUCCCUGCUCUCUGUCUCGUUGCCAUACGUGUAAGUGUAGGUUUGCGUGCGCGCGUUUCUUUCUCUCUUCGCUUCGCCUCGUCUCUCCUCCGCUGUCUGUCUCCAUCUCGGCCUCGCUCGCCGCGAGGAUGGCAGGCUCGUCCGCUGGCGAAUAAAAUCGGUGGUGGGCGAUAUGGCGGAGGGGAUGGUGAUAAUCGCGAAAGAAAAGGGGGUAAGAGCGAACGCGGAGGUAAUUUUCGUGGAUUGCCGCGAUACGAGUGUACGAAAUAGCGAGGCGAGGGGCAUAAAUUGAUAAAAGGGUAGCGAUAAAGGGGUUGUGAGAAAAGUCAGGAAGAUUGCUAGUGAUUAAUAUUUAGAGCGGGAUUUCAAAGGGAACGCGCGCGAAAAAGCGGGAUGGAAAAGAGAGAUAAUAUUUGAUAGAAGAUGGAGACAGAGAGAAAGAGAGAGAGAGAGAGAGGGAGGGAGAGAGAAUGAGCAUCAAUAAUAUCUGAAAGAUCGGAGUACCUCGGAGCGAAAACUUAGGUUGUAAUAGUCUGUGUUUUCUCCCAGAUAUGGAACGAGGUGCAAAUAUCUUAUGAGGUGCAACGUGAAUAAUCCUGUUUCGUUAAAAAGAAAUUGAAAUGGAAGAGAAAAGCUUCUUGUGCGAAUCGUGAAAUUUGCGAGCAUCAUCGAAACGAAAUCAAGGUGGUAAAGAAUAGAGAGAAAAGAGAAGAUCAGACUCCCGUUUUCUUCGCGUGAUCUAGAGGAAAGAAUCGCACGAACAUUUCCCACGAAACAAUCUGCAAAACAAUAAUGCUCCGGUUCUACCUCCUCCAGUUUGGCUCGUUCCGUUACCGAGAGUAUUGAUAUUUCGCUGCAAGCACUCAAAGACUCGAAGUUAACUGGCACAGAUAGCAUGAGGGACACGUAUCUCUCCCCGACAAAGGAUGCGUGCAGGAGCUGAUUUUCGGACUCGAUCAAGUCGCAUGUCGAGUGUACGUGGAAGGAAAAUAAUCAACGGAGACUGACAAACACGCGAAGAAUGGAAGCAUGAUUCUGGUAACGCGGGUCCGGCGAAUUCGACGAAGAGCCAGAAGAAGAGCGUCCUGAGGUCGAGGAGGAACUGGGCUGGACAUGACGAGGGAUUGCGGGGAUACGGAUACCCGCGAGGACGGCGGGAUCGACGAGGCUCGAAUCGGUUGACUUAAUCGUCUCCAGCAGGAAAUCCCGGCAUGCGUCAGGUCGAGCUAAACGCGACGUACUUCCGUUUAAGUUUACGCAUUAUACGAGAGAUUCCGUUCUCGGCGAAGAAAGUUAUUGCGAAAGCGCUGACUAUGUCAUCCGCGGAGCAUAAGUGUCCCCGGCGAGGCACGACUCGAGAGAAGACACGUGCCCUUCGCUGAUGUCGUCGCAGGAGGUAAUUUCGAGUCGGCAUCGAUCCCCGAUAUUUUUUGUGGCAUGUAUGUGACCCCAACAACGUGGAAAGAGAUUUCCGGCAGUAGAGCCUCGAAAAGACCCGGUACCGAGGGUGGUACAACCCUGUGCCCCUGGUACGGUACCGUUUCCUGAAGGACGACGCCGGGUGGUCGCGUGUGCGCGCGUGUGUGUUCGAUCGAAAGAGAAGAGAAGAAAAGAAAAACACGGGGAACUCAAAGGUAUCUUUCGUGCGGUGAUACCCGCGACUGAGUGUCUCUUCGAAUCGUUCGAGUUGUUCGCCUUUCGUGUCAGGUGCUUGCGUGCAAGGCCAUCUGUGCGAAUCGGGUUCGAGAGAUAUCGUCGAACGAUGCGACAAUCUGGCGGAGAAAUAGCAUCGUGAGGAAUAGCAAAAGAUCAUCCAUACAUCGGUUGCUGGACGAUGACGGACUGGCCGUCGUCGCAGUGGAGAUGACUACCAGGUUAGUGGCUCGUCCCGAAGACGACGACGACGACGACGAGAUCCACGAAGAGGAACGAGACUCGGUUGUGGGCUAUCACUGCCACUGAUAGAGUUGGCAUCCCGUCGCAGCUCACAUCGAUGCCGACCAUCAUAUCCACGAAACGAGGAAUGGGGAGUGUCGGCAGCAACGUGACAGGGACGACGACGACAGAUCCGACGACGUUCCUGCCAGAUGCAACGCCGACUCUGAGCGAGCGCGAACAGCUCAAAAUCGAAUUCUACAAAACGUACGAUGUCAUGACGGGGGUACGGAUCGCCGCGACCCUCGGCGGCUUCUUCAGUUUAAUGGUGAUACUGGUAGUUUACAAGAGCAGGUGCAAAGCGAGCAAACAACUGGAGGACCCGGCAUUAACCGCGGCGGCGGCAGCAGCGGUCGCCGAAGCCGAAGCCGAGGAACGAGCACUCGCUGCCGCUCUCGAGGCAAUCGCCAGGUUACCACCCAGACCGGGUCGCGGUCCAAGAAGGUCGUUGUGCGUCGAGAUAAACCAGUCUCAUUCACCCGUGGUGGCGCCUCGCUUCGCUUCGGUCGGAGGUGGAUACGACGCCCUGUUGGCACCGCCAAUCAGACAACCGAGGUUGGCUCUCCCCGUCGAUCACAGAAGAUGUAGCUCGGUCACCUGUAGCAGCACUGGAAGUAGUUAUCUGGAACGAAGGGGUUCAGCCAUGGUAAUGCCGUGCCUUCCGCCACCUCCAUCCUUCCCGCGUCACGCAACCUACGAUGAACCAUGGGACUUAUAUUACCCCAUCGAUAUUCAGGUAAUACAGCCAACUCCGGAUUUAUCGCCGUGCGGUAGCGAAGUCGGUCUUUAUGCCGGUGCGGUCGGCAACCUUAUGGCGGGGUCAUCGGGCAGACGGGCGCCGUUGGCAUCGAUGGGCAGCGUGGACCCGCCCGAUCCGGACUCCAGAUCGCUCGGCUCUGAUUCCGUGUUCCUCAAAAACGAGGACGAGGAGCAGUGCGUCGACACGGAGGACGAGGUCUCGGGUUUCUCCACGGAUUCGGACGCGCCCGGGCCAAGCUGUCGACGUUUCCUGCGGGUGCCUUCUAAGAAAAAGCGAACCCUCGACAAGUGGGACGGAUGCACGGGCUGCGUGCCCAGGCGACGGGCCGGUAGCAAACCCUGCCAAGAAUGUUUGACCAUCAGUGCCGCCGUCGAAACCUCCAGGGCGCAACCAGCCUCAACGACGACCAGUAGCAGUCAGAGUAGCAUGGGAUCUCCACCGUGUUCACCACCGAUCGAGCUGAAGCAUAGACCACCACCAGCGCCAUUGUCAUCAAUCCCGCCAAUAUGGUCCCAAGAAACGCUCUUUUAGAAUGCGUUUUUCGUAGUGAGCAUGUCCUUCGACCUGUUUUUACCGAGGCACGGAGCUAAAUCCAGAAUGUCGAUAUCCGAGGAAAUCAUUUGCCCAAAAACGUUAAUCAUCCGAUUCUUUAACCGCCCACUCAUAUCACAGUAAUCUCUCUCUUUGGUUCUUUUCGUCAUUAAAUAUAUUUCAAACGUGGAAUUUACCGUAGAAGGUUUCAACUAUAACGCAGCGAUCGUCGAUAUUAAAUUGUUUCAAAAAUUUCUGAUGCAACAAAAUUAAAAAACAAGCAUUAUACUAUUAGAUAUCGUUAAAAAAAUGCAAUAAAGAAGAAGCAAGAAAGUUAACCGAUGAUGGACGAAGAACGGAGAAGAGGAACAUAAAACGGAUGAAACAUGUGAAAGAACGAGAAGCAUUUUUGCUCGAACGCGGGGAAAUAUCGGAGAUUUUCGAUAUUACGGCGACGAGGGUCAUAGCCGGAACCGGAGCAAACCCAUCUUAAGGCGGUCUGGAUCGAAACGAAUUUCACGUCGACAGUAUAGUAUACACUCUCCGUUGCAACCGAUCUGAACUCGGGUCAGAUUAUUCGCCGAUUCCAAAGAAACGCCCGUCUCAAGAACCCGCAAGAAGACGCUCGCAAAAUCUACCUAAGAUUUUAUCUAUCGACGUAUUUUAGACGCCCGUCUACUUUCCAAGAUAAGUUGGCAAACAAUACGUACAAUGGCGGAUUUAUCUGACAUUUCAGUUUAAUUAUGUAGACCCGUAGCCACCAGCAUCGCGACGCGCAGAUUUAUCUGGAAUCAUACUUUAUCGCGAUCUCAUUUGUCUCGAAGAAAAUCAAGCAGCUCCGUUAUUUUCCUCAGCCGCAUCUCUUCGUACAAGCAUCCCUCAAGACACGCACAUUCGUGAUUCAUUUAACAACGAAAGCAAGCAAAUGCACUUCCUCGCUUGGACAUUCCAUUGGCGUCCCAAUUGGCGCCCGCGAUGCCGAUCAAGAGAAAUCGCAAGAUUUUCGAGCAACCGAAUCUGGGAUUCGCAAGGAACGCAGGGUGAUUUAUUAUAUAUAUCGCACAAAAAAAAAUCCGAGAAAUGAGCGGAGAAUCUCGUGUUCCAAUCGAUCAGCGUGAAGCCGAGAAACUCAGGAGACAGUCGAAGGAACCGCGACGAGGGGGCACCGAUCGACGAUGUCGCGGGGGAGAUAGGGAAUUAUUUUUAUACAAGCGCGACGAUAAUCAAGCUCUCGUUGGACUGAUCGUGAUGCUUCUCGCGAAAACAAUAAUAAUGCGUGCGCGUGACACUCGAUUGUACGGCAGUGUAAUAUGCUAUUGUCAACGACGCGAGAGCAAACGAAAGAGUGAGAAACGUAGGGGAGGGGAAGCGUGAAAAACGGAAACGACACGCGCUCUCGUUCGGACGCAAAAUCGCCGAAUCGAUCUUCAAUGCCGCAAUUUUCCGGGCGGGAAAUCGCCGAUUCGCCGGUUUCGCGUCCGACGUCUCCCUAAUACGUGGAAAAACAAAACGUAUUUCUAUUUCGUGUAAUCUUGUAAGCUCUGUAAGGUUUUGGGUGUACGUGUACGUGUCUAUAACCCUCUUGCGUACGAUAGAUAAACCGUGCUCGAUGGAGGGGAACCGGAAACAGGAUAAUCAUCGGUCACAGGGAAAGAUUUCUAUUUUAUUUAUCAGUUGCACCGUGCAAAGUUUGUUUAGCAAAUUACUAUCGAGCUAGAAUAUCGAGCGAUUGGAUAUUUACGCAGAAAUACCCCGUAAUCAGGCCUGUAAUAUAUCUCAUCUUAAAGAAAAACUUAGGGAGAAACUUAUUAUCUCUGAGGAGAACUAUAUAGAAAAUUGUUUUCGUUCUUCGCAUCUGUCAAUUCAGUGAUAUUAGCUAACGAAAAACUCGCUGGGGGUAGAAAAUCGAAUUUAUCAAGAUUUUAGGACGAUGUAAAGAAAACAAAGAAAGAGGGUAGAGGGAAAUAAUAAUGGGGAGAAAUUUAUCGUUGAUGAGAGCAAUUUAUAUGCGUCUAUUUUCGGUAAGAAGACAAAAUGUAGUUUAAUCAAAGGGGGCCCGUAAUAUCCCUCUAUCUCUAUCAUCCCGGAGACUUUACCGCGGAAGCUAAUAUCACUGCCGGCGAAACCCCUCCAGGCACAUGAUGAGAUAAAUGAAUAAAAAUAAGAGCAGAAAAAAAUAUACAGUAAAACACAUUUACGUAAAAGCAAAACGAGCGCAUGAGGACUAUCUACCGUUGUUCUAGCCAGAAGUUUGUAUAGUAGAUGAAUAAGAGACGAACCGACAAGUUAUUAUAUAAUAAAAAUGGGGAUAAAAUGAAGAGGUAUAUAUUAUAAUGUAACAGAGGUGCCGACGCACGCAGUGCUCUGCGAACGUUACUUUUAGAUAGGUGUACAUAUACGAUCGUGCGUUUUACGACGGCGAAAAAAAAAAUCCCUUUCCCCGAUUGACAGAAAAACAGUGGGGAGCGAGACUCUAACGUCGUCUACGCGAAGAAGAGACUUUAUAUUACAUUGGCUGCGUUCCAAACUUUGCCCCGGAGGUAUGAAUCCAACAAACCGCUAACGCAAGAAGCACGAGAGAAUGUAUACUCGGGCGACUACAGAUACUCGUGUAAUUCCCUUUAGUAAUUUAUAUACGGCUAUCCGUUAUUCUCGACCAUUAAGUGAAAACGUCAACCUUUUGCGGACCUAAGAGAUUACAAGAAAGUUUCUUGAAAGAGUGAGAAAAAGAGAGAAAGAGGCGUCCAAACUUUUAGGGAUACAUGUACAAUCGAUAAAGGUUUCAUGACGAAUAGGGAGAAGUCCUUAAUUGGAUACGUAUGCCUUAUUGAAUCAUUGUUAUAUAUACAUAUAUGCGUACAAAGAGCCAAUAAUUCGCUUGCGAUUGACGUUGCGAGAAAGUGACAGGGGGCGAAGUUUUCGCGAACGCAGCUGUAGGAAAAUAAAACAGAAUUAUUAACGCGGAAGGUGCGCUUUGCUACACGCCGACACGCUGACGAAUGCAGUUUCUAUCAAAAUUCUUGAAAGUUUUGAAUAAAUAUUAUUUUUUCGAAAUAAUGAUAAUUAUUAGACAAAAAUUUAUCUUGAUCUUUACAACAAAAUAAGAAUAAACGAAUUAAUAAGAGUCUAAAUGCAACAACGCA